AUAGGGCUUUUAACAUUGAGAGAGAGAGAGAGAGAGAGAUUACAUUAUUAGCGGUUAAAAUUACAAAAAAAAGCCACAAGUUAAUUUUCUAAGCGACAUGUGGGAAAGUCAAUUCUCAAUUAUCACAAAUCCUACGAUACCUCAUUACAUCAUUAUUCGAUUAAGAUAGCUAGCCGAACAUAGUAAACGAUACAUCAAUGAGAAACAGCAUACAGUACAUUAUUAAUAAAACUAAAUAUGCGGUAUUAUAGAAAUAUCUAUACUACACGAGCAAAUUGAUGCCAGAAUAUGUACUUGUUUCAAGAAAACAAUAAUGUCGUUUAUAUUAUAUUAUGAGCCAUAACAUCAAUAAAGAAACAACUGAAUAUAUCUACCCCCUGGAAAAAGGAGACUAUCACGAACAGGAUAAAAACGGGUUGGCCAUGGGAAUGCCUUUUGUUUAACAGCCACGAUAUGACGAAAGAAAGCAUAAAUGUAGUAACUCUUGCAAAAAAUAAUGUUAUGGCGACGAACGUUACUCCAAUCUGUGAACUCGUGCGAAUUCUUGAAAAAAACGUGAACAUACUUAAGACGGAAAGUUGUAGUUCGGACAUCGAUCUUAAAUUCCGCGAUAAACUCGAGUGGUUUGGUAAUGUGUCGAGUAGUCUAACGGAUAAACUUCAAUCCUUAUUAUAUUUAUCUGAGAAUUACAAUGCCGUGAACAAUGAUCUUAAGCAGUUUGUAAAUGGGAUCGUCAAUUUAUGGAUCUCUGUUAAUAAGCAGGUAUGCGGAAAAUGUUCCAAGAUUCGAAUGGCUAGUCGCACGCUGUCGGGAGUUCCGUUAUCGUUGCUCCUCGCAAGGAUAAAGAAAGAAUGUUCCUUGACGAAAGACUCACUGAAUAUUCAUGAGGCCGAAUACAGUCGUGAACAUGUCAUCAAGUGUUGCGCUCUGCUCAAAGAAAUUGAAGACUUAUUGGGCAAUUUAAAAAGAUGCGAUUAUAAGUUACGACAUUAUUUAGCUAUAUCCAAGUUGAUUCCAUUCCUUGGUAAGCUAGAAGCAGCUGUAAAUGCCUAUGUUUCCACUAUCGGAAUAUCGCCAUUGAACAGAACCGAGUGUACAGAAUCGGAUGUUUUUGCAAUCGUUGUGAAACUUCUCACCGGUGAAUUAUUAGGUGUCGAGCCUAUGAAUCCGUAUCACGUGCUGGCAGACAAUGCGCCGAAGAAACCGGUUUUCAUAGUCAAAACCAAGCGUAGAGCCGAUAUUCCGUUGAUAUCUAACGUAGAGACGUGAAAAUCGUCACGAGAGGAGGUCCCGCGCGCUAUCUACCGGCGUUCGGUGGAAGAAUAACGAUUUCAUAAACAACAUAAUAAAUAUCUAUAUUUGUAUUUCAGUAAUAACUUGUAUCUGGCAACGUGUCGUAAACAUCAGCACGUCGAACAAAUAAAAUCUCAAGGAAUGGA